AAACAGGCGGUCGGGUCGAGUGAGCUGCUCCUCCCUCAAGGCUGAAAGUUGAAACAAAACCACCCACCCACCGCCCCUUAAAUUGGGUCAGACUGAAGCUCUGUAAAGCUCAAGAUUCAAAAUUUUCAAUCAAAAAUAUGGCUUCCAACAAAGUUUUAAUGGUCGCCGAGAAGCCGAGCAUAGCUCUUUCCAUAGCCUCCGUUCUCUCCCAUGGCCAGAUGUCUACAAGAAGGGGUAGUACGGAAGUCCAUGAAUUUGAAGGAAAGUUUCUUGGAGUGCAUGUGCAUUUUAAAGUGACAUCAGUUAUUGGUCAUGUGUUCAGUGUAGAUUUUCCAGAAAAAUAUCAAAAUUGGACAUUGACUGAUCCUCUGGAUCUUUUUCAAGCUCCAGUUCUCAAGACAGAAGCAAAUCCAAAGGCUCACAUUCGCAGACAUUUAAGCCAAGAAGCUCGCGGUUAUGGUAACUUGGUUUUGUGGUUGGACUGUGAUCGUGAAGGGGAAAACAUUUGCUUUGAAGUUAUCGAGUGUAUUGGCCAUUCAAAUGAGACUAGAAGAAAGAUCUAUCGUGCUCGGUUUUCCUCUGUUACUGAGAAAGAUAUUUUGAAGGCCAUGGACAACCUUGUUGAACCUAAUAAAGACGAGGCAUUGUCAGUAGAUGCUCGGCAAGAGAUAGAUUUGAAAGUUGGAGUUGCAUUUACACGAUUUCAAACACACUUUUUCCAGGGGAAAUACGGAAAUCUUGAUGCCAGAGUUAUCUCCUAUGGCCCUUGCCAAACUCCGACCCUUGGAUUUUGCGUACAGCGGUAUUUGCAGAUAAAUACAUUUAAACCAGAAAAGUUCUGGGUCGUACGCCCAUACAUAAUACAGAAGGGCUACGAACUUCAGCUAGAAUGGGAACGUAACAAGUUGUUUGACUUCGACGUUGCUGUAAUGUUUCAAAAAUUAGUAAUGGAAGAUGGAAUGCUAGUAGUGACUGAAAUAAUAGAAAAGCAGGAAAGCAAAAGUCGUCCAUCUGGGCUUAAUACGGUCAAUCUUCUGAAGGUUGCCUCAAGUGCACUAGGCUUUGGACCACAAAUGGCUAUGCAAGUUGCUGAACGCUUGUAUACUCAAGGUUUCAUCAGCUAUCCGCGUACCGAGAGCACAGCUUAUCCAUCUUCUUUUGACUUUAGAGGCACACUUGGUGCACAAGUAAAUAACCCAACAUGGGGUGAUUAUGUACAGAGGCUGCUUGCUGAUGGUUAUCAGAAGCCACGAUCAGGGACAGAUGUAGGUGACCAUCCUCCUGUCACUCCGUUGAGGUCUGCAACUGAGGACAUGCUUGGAAAUGAUGCUUGGAGACUAUAUGAGUACAUUUGUAAACACUUCAUUGGGACUGUAUCUCCUGACUGCAAAUAUGUAAGAACAAAGGUAGAUUUUUCUAUUGGUGGAGAAUCCUUCCAUUGUGUCGGGCAACGUGUUUUGGUGAAAGGAUUUACUUCUAUCAUGCCAUGGUUGGCAAUAAAUGAGAAAAAUCUUCCUCAGUUUACAAAAGGGGAGAAAUUAGAAGUUUCAACAGUGGACCUUCAUGAGGGGUUGACUUCACCUCCAGAUUAUCUUAGCGAGAGUGAGCUAAUUUCCCUUAUGGAGAAAAAUGGAAUUGGCACGGAUGCUUCAAUAUCUGUUCAUAUUAACAACAUAUGCGAGCGCAAUUAUGUGCAGGUACAAGCUGGCAGGAAGUUGGUUCCGACUGCCUUGGGUAUUACUCUAAUAAGAGGCUAUCAAUGCAUUGAUCCAGAUCUCUGUUUGCCAGAUAUUCGCAGUUUCAUUGAGCAACAGAUUACUCUUGUUGCUAAGGGUCAAGCAGAUCAUUUUCGUGUUGUGCAGCAUGUCCUGCAACAAUUCAUGCAAAAAUACAGUUAUUUUGUCAAGCAGAUUGAAAACAUGGAUGCAUUAUUUGAAGCACAAUUCUCUCCCCUUGCUGACUCAGGACGAGUUCUCAGUAAAUGUGGAAAAUGUCUACGGUACAUGAAGCAUAUUUCCAGCCAACCUUCGCGGUUGUAUUGUAAUACAUGCGAGGAGGUUUAUUAUCUUCCUCAAAAGGGUAGCAUAAAGCUCUACAAGGAAAUUACUUGUCCUCUGGACAACUUUGAGCUAUUAAUCUGCUCCAUGCCCGGCCCAGAUGGCAAGUCAUUCUCUCUCUGCCCAUACUGCUACAAUAGUCCUCCAUUUGAAGGUAUCGACACGCUCUUUGGUGCUGUAAAAUCUGGCCCGUCUGGCAAGCUGGGAAAGGGAGCCGGCAUGCCAUGCUUCCUCUGCCCACACCCCACAUGUCGGCAUUCUUUGAUAGCCCAAGGAGUCUGUGCUUGCCCGGACUGUAGUGGAACACUUGUUCUAGACCCUGUGAGUGCUCCCAAGUGGCGGCUCUGCUGCAACAUGUGCAAUUUCCUUGUCUUCCUACCCCAAGGUGCUCACCAAAUUUCCACUACUCGAGAGCGGUGUCCAGAGUGCGACUCCACAAUCUUAGAAGUGGAUUUCAAUAAAAAGACGACACCCUUGGAGAACGGAGAGACCUUGUACACUGGUUGCAUUCUUUGUGAUGAAUUGCUCCAUUCACUAGUGGAGAUGAAAUAUGGCAAAUCGUUUUUCGGAUCAAGAGGAAGGGGCAGAGGAAGGAGAGGUGGACAUAGGGGAAGAGGGCGAGGUGCGGGUAAGAAGGUGGAUCCCAGAAUGAGCUUCCGGGAUUUCUGAAUUGUACCAAUCUUGUCUUCCUUUUUUGUGGUUUGUAACUGCCAUCGUUGUUUACAUUGUUCGGAUAAUGCUUUUAGAUUUUGAUGGCUGUCUCGAAAUGGAAUUCGAUUGCAUAAAUGAAUUUUCUUAAUCUA